AUAAAUACAGCUUUUCGGCUCCCCCAUUUUGCCUCAUUCGUCAAUCAAAAUUUUUUAGAUUAAAUAAAAAAAGAAAGAAAAAAGAUUUUUUUUUAAAAAGAGAGUAUAUUUUUGGUGGAGAUUUUCAGAGGAAUUCAUCCAUGGCAACCAAAGUGUAUAUUGUAUACUAUUCCAUGUACGGACACGUAGAAAAACUUGCAGAGGAGAUACAGAAAGGGGCCGCAUCUGUUGAAGGUGUUGAAGCCAAAUUAUGGCAGGUCCCUGAGACUCUAUCGGAAGAAAUUCUCGGAAAGAUGAGUGCACCACCAAAAAGUGAUGUACCGGUUAUUACACCGAACGAUCUUGCUGAGGCUGAUGGGUUUGUUUUUGGUUUCCCGACAAGAUUCGGAAUGAUGUCCGCACAAUUCAAAGCUUUUCUGGAUGCAACCGGAGGUCUAUGGAGAACUCAGCAACUUGCAGGAAAACCUGCUGGGAUCUUCUAUAGCACCGGAUCACAGGGCGGUGGACAAGAGACUACAGCGUUGACUGCAAUCACUCAACUGGUUCACCAUGGGAUGAUAUUUGUUCCCAUCGGAUACACCUUCGGUGCUGGCAUGUUUGAGAUGGAGCAAGUGAAAGGUGGAAGUCCAUAUGGUGCCGGAACAUAUGCCGGGGACGGAUCAAGAAUGCCAUCGGAACUUGAGUUGGCACAAGCUUUCCACCAAGGUAAGUACAUAGGUGGCAUCACAAAGAAACUCAAGGCAGCUGCCUGAUCUGGAUUUACUAUAAAAACCACAAAUUGUCUUUUCAUUUUAUUUUAUUUUUUACAUAUAUUGUACAAGUUUGAAAACAAUAAAUUCUUCAUGUAUUGCAUGUAUGAUUUUAUGUGUGUUACACCUUUUAACCAUACAUUGGUUUCGAUUAAUGCCAAAGUUUGCUCAUAUAUUUUGUAUUAUUACUCGUCCGGACUCUGGUACGACAGUUCUUGAAUGUAAUGUGGAUUUUUUUUUCCUUUA